AUGAGGACGUCCCUCUUUCUCUUUGCUGUCUUCUUCUUUCUGGCCCCAGCCAGGAGUGGAUUUUUUGACGAGAAGUGCUACAAGCUUAAAGGGAAAUGCAUGGAGUCUUGUCAGAUAAAUGAAGAACUUGUAGGUCUCUGCCACAAGUCUCUGAAAUGCUGUUUGGCACUCCAACCGUGUGGGAUAAAUAAGGAAGGCAGUUAA